AUGAAGGCCAUCAUAGAUGAGUGCGUUGUGAACGACUAUGUCUGGAACGCACUUCCAGAGUCCAUCAUCUCGCCGGGAUGGAAUCAGAUGAAAAAGUCAGAAUUCAUCGAGGCAUUCGGUACCGCUUGGUGGCCAGCGAUGAAAGGAAUGCAGAUGAUCGUCUUAAACGUGGUGGGAAACGAAAAUAACGUAAUCCUCUACACAAAGCUGGGGCCUUCUGCCGUCUCAGCGGAAGGAAACCCGAUCGCUACUUCAUACGUACACAGGUUCCGCUUCAACGCCAGCGGGAAACUCGUGGAGCAAAGGGAUUUCCUAGAUACCAAAUUCAUACAUGAUUUUUGGUGGUCAGAGCCCCAGCGAAGCAUAGUAGCCGGAGGAAGCCCUAUAACAGCCGGAGGAAAUCGUUAA